GUGCCACGAGCCCCCUCAGAGGGCCCGGCCACCUGAGAGCCCUGCCACUGCCUUCGCGGGGUGCCCAUGGCGAGCCAGAGAGCACAGCUGGCCGCCUGGCUGAUCCUGGCUGCCCUGUGUGUCGUUCAUGGGCGGAGGCUGGCGCAGGAGCCAGCCACCAUCCAGGGCAACGAGACGGGCUUGUUUGCUGUGGAGCAGAACACGUGCUACAGGGCGUCCAUCCCCCUGGGUUCCAGCACCAUCUGCUCCGACCCAUCCUGCUGCUACAUGGCGUGCAACGACAUCUGGGAAACCAGCCGCUGCGAGUACUGGUGCUACUGCAACUCCCCAGACGGGUGCACCCUGAGCGGUGGCGACGGCAGCAGCAUGCCGCAGGGCACCUGCCUUCUCUCCACCAACUUCAACGCCACGGCCGCGGCCCGCCGCCGCCUGCGCCAGGCGGACCCUGCAGACGCGCUGGUGGCGGCGCAGCUGGGUGCCCUGCAGUCGGUGCAGGUGACCACAGGCCCGGCGGUCCCCUUCACAGCGGGUUUCCUCAGGCAGCUGGCCGUCAUCGAGCCCACUCUCCUCUUCAACGGACCACUCAGCCCGCUCAGCGGCUCGGCCAAAAACCGGCCCGUCCCUCCAGCCGUCCCUGCCGAUGGCACGGGCGACAGCCGCCGCCGCCUUCUGGGCGUGGAGUCGUUUGAGAGCCGGUACUACCGAGGCCUGGAGGUGCUGGACCGCAGCAACGCCACCUCGGAGGAGGAGUGCAACGCACGUUGCGUCAACUUCACGCAGUGCGAGUACUGGGCUUGGUGCCCCACCAGCCAGGAGGAGGGGUGUCUGCUGGUGGAGGCUGUGAACAGUACCGCCACGAAAACCGUACCGCCGGGCACCUGCACCCUGUCCUGGACGCCCACCGAAGGCUCCACAGACUUCCUGGUCAUGUUUGGGCCAGCGGUCACCUUCUUUGGCGGCAAGUGGAUCCCCAACGAUGCGGCCCUGGUGACCGCCGCCGUGGCGCUGGGCCAGCCCGGCGGCACGGCGCAGUGUCUGGAGUUUACUGGGUUUGGGCCAGGCAAAGGCUGGCAGCAGGGUGCAUACUCUGAAGAGCAUGACGCGGACGAUGCAGACGAUGAGCAAGAGUAUGACAAGGACCUUGCCACGGCCAUCUGCGGCGGGGAGCCCUCCGCCAAUGCGGCAGCUUUCUUCACGGCGGUGUCUUCUGGUGGCGGCAAGGCGGCACUGGCGGCGGUGCUCGCCGCGGCGCAGGACGACCUCCCAGACUGCGAGGAUGCUGCAGACGUCCUCUAUGCGGCUGCAAUAGAUUCCUUCCGGCUGUUGCAGGUCGCCGGGAACGACACCGAGGCGGCGACAGCGUAUGCAAAGGAGUUUAUCCAGGGCGCCAAGGCGGCCGGCGUGCCAGCCUGCGCGACGGUGGCGGUCGUGGACGGCGCCGGGGUUGUGCUGGACACUGUUGAACAGCCCCGAGAUAGCAGCCGCCAGCGAUCCAGUACCCUACCACUGGUGCCAGUACCCAGACUGUACCAAUGUUUGCAUUUACCAAAUAGUAGGGGCAGGGGAGAGGAGGAGGAGCAGGGCUGGGGUCCCUGCAGGGGGAGCUCCCCCAGGCAGUACUGCGACGGCGGCGGCGGCAACGAGCAAGAGCUCCUGUCGGCGCACCAGAACCACGGGAACCAGCAGACGGCGGCGACACAGCAGCAGCAGCAGCAAGGGGCGGGCACCGCGCCGUCGGCGGCAGGCGGCGGCAGCGGCGGCAGCGGCCAGCAGAGCGUGCCGUCGUUCCUCCUUGCCAAGGGAUACGACGUCCUGGGGGUGAUUGGAGAGAAGGAGUAUGAGGGAGUGUGCGCCACGGCGCUUCGGGAGGUGAUGCUUCUCAAGGCCCUGCAGCACCCCAACAUUAUCUCCCUGGAUGGCAUGCACAUGCACGUCAAGGAGCUGGCCCUCUGCCUGGCCUUCCCCUAUGCCGAAACAGACUUGUACGAGGUGAUCAAGUACCAUCGGGAACGUGGCACUGCUAUGAUCCCCCAUGUCUUCAAGUCGGUGCUCUACCAGCUGCUGGCGGGCCUGGCAUACCUGCACGAGAAUUGGGUGUUGCACCGCGACCUCAAGCCCUCCAACAUCCUGCUGGAGCAGGGGAGCCUGAAGAUCGCGGAUUUUGGGCUGGGCCGCUCGGUGCGGCAGCCACUGGAGCCUCUAUGGAACAACGGAGUGGUGGUGACCAUCUGGUACCGCGCCCCCGAGCUGCUCCUGGAUGCUCGGCACUACACCGGGGCGGUGGAUGUGUGGGCGGUGGGCUGCAUCAUGGCUGAGCUGCUGCUGCUCAGGCCGCUGUUCCAGGGGGAGGAGCGCAAGGGCAGGCAGGACGUGUUCCAGGAUGAUCAGCUCAACAGGAUCUUUGCUGGGCUGGGCCACCCUGGCACGCAGUGCCCCUGGCCCGGGGUGCACCUGCUGCGGCACUGGCGCGACGACACGGGGGGCUGCCGCCAGCGCAAGCCCGAGCACGGCUCCACCAACCUGAAGCAGAUGGUGUGGGAGAACAGCCCGCUGCUGAGGUGGACGCAGCUCGCGGAUCGCGCGCCACAAGCAUGCACGCUGCUGCCACAUGUGCGGCCGUGUACCAUCGGUGGUACCCUAGUACUGCGGUCCUACGGAGGGGCCUUCCCCAGCCCCGACUCGCUCCUGGACCUGCUGCUGGCUAUGCUGGCGCUGGACCCAGAGCGCCGCAUCACCGCCGCAGCCGCGCUGCAGCACGAGUGGUUCCGACAGGAGCCGCUGCCCUCGCCAGACUCGGUGUUUGCGGCCCCGCACGGCCGCCAGGCGCCCGCCUACCCGCAGCGAGCGGUCACUUGCCGAUUAACAGAACACGCAUGGGACGGGUGCACACUGGCCUGGCAAUCAUCUCCUCAAGCCCGGGCCGGGCUGCAUUUGAUAUUAGUGGAGGCUAUGCUGGCAUCAUCAACCUGCCAGACCAACUAUACAGGUUGGGGGUACCCAGAGUGGAUCCUCCUCAGGUUUUGGAAUCCAGCCAGGAAGCACAGGCGUGUGUAG